CGCAUGCGCUCUGACAGAACCUGUCGCUCUCUAAUCUCACAGCAGAAUGGAUCCUCCGGUUGUGGUUCUACGCUUGCAGACCUGACGGAAGCCUCGUAUCUUCCUCACUAAAACUCGAUAUGGGAAAAGGCUGUAAAGUUGUGGUGUGCGGCCAGGCGGCUGUUGGAAAAACUGCUAUUCUGGAACAGCUGCUGUACGGAAACCACACUGUAGGGUCAGAGUCUAACGAGACACAGGAGGACGUGUAUGUGGCCUCUGUGGAAACCGACCGAGGUGUCAAGGAACAGCUCAGGCUCUAUGACACCAAGGGACUGAAUGAUGGACAAGACCUCCCUAAGCACUACUACUCAGUGGCAGACGGCUUUGUGCUUGUUUAUAGUGUUGACAGCUUGGAGUCUUUCAAGAGGGUGGACGUUCUGAAGAAAGAAAUAGAUAAGUCCAGAGAUAAAAAAGAGGUGAUGGUCAUAGUGCUGGGGAACAAAACAGACCUGCGGGAGCGUCGUCAGGUAGACCACGAGGCAGCACAGCAGUGGGCACGAGGCGAGAAGGUGAAGCUGUGGGAGGUGAGCGUCACUGAACGCACCUCGCUCAUCGAACCGUUCACCCAGCUCACCAGCCGCCUCACGCAGCCUCAGAGCAAGUCGGCCUUCCCUCUGCCUGGACGUAAAAGCAAGGGGACCCCAUCCAAUGACAUCUGACACACACUCCUUCCUGCGUUCACUCCCAGCAGCACGCUGUGGACGGGAUUUCGGUUUAACAGUGGGACUCGUUUAACCGUUUGGGAUUUUUGCUUGAUGACAUAAUUGAUGGCCUGCUUCAAGUACAGCCCUGGAGGAAGGAUGUGGUUACACAGGAACUCAUCUGAUACAGGAAUGUACAGUUUUUCUUUUUUUAACUUUUUAAGUGGUAACGACACGCUGGAAAUAUUCAGUAGGUUAUACAUCCUUCCAGCGCUGCUGCGUUCACUGAUCUCUGUACCUGCGCAGAAGCUCAGAAGAAUUUUAUGUAUUUUUAUUUAAGUUGUUUUUCUUCUGACUGCAGUUUCUCGUGCUUAUCAUGACCAUACGUCUGCCAAGUUUGGGGAUUGUGCCUGCUGUCGAUAAAACUACAGAUGGAUGCAGCCUCUAUGACAUCACCACUUCAUCAAAUCUCAUUAUGAAGCCGUAGAUGUGUCUUUGCUGUCAGCUCCUUAGGAUUUUGAAACUAAGGUGGUGACAGCGAGAGGUGGAGCUCACUGUAACACCACACCUCAAUGGCUAACAUGAUUGGCAAGUAGUUAGCUAAUGAGCUAGAAUAAUCAGAUUUUUAAACAGGUUAUGUGUCCACUAUGAAGUGACACUAAGUAAUCCAGAAGGUGUUUAUGGUCACAGACGGCUCUUUUCCAGGAAUGAGUGUCAUGAAAAAGAUCGUAGGUUUGAGGCCACGACCAUCUUUCAUGCUGUUUAUGAUUAAAACCUGUGCUCACACUUGUUCGUCCUUUGAGUUAGGCACCUUUGUAUGCUUGAAUGAUUCAUAGAUCAAUGUUAAACAGCAGAUCUGAAGAAAACCUUGAAAGAACUUCAGGAAGCCAUGAAUGAUCGCUCAGGAGUCUGGGAAUGAGGGGGGCUUCCGACCUUUGCACGGCACAUCUGGAGCUAAAAUGUCAGAAACAUCUCUGCUAUGUUGCUUAAAACUGCUCCUGUGAUGAUGAAAUGUUCUGUUGGAUGGAUCGAUCCUUUAUCGUCUGUACCUGUUAACGUGGACAGUGACUUUAACUGAACCAAAUAUUAGAGAGGUGUAGGUGUCAGGGCCCAAACCUGGUAGAGAAGCAGGCGUUGAAAGGCUGCGUGCGCACAGGUGAUCACACUGGGAGGUUCAAACCAUCUUAACAGUGGAGAACCAAAGAUUUGGGAGAGUUUGACCCCUAGCGUUACACAUUAAGCAGACGUGUUGUUAUUAGAUUACUCCUAUGAGUUACUGCUUUCAGAUUUGAGCUCUCCCUUCAAAAACAGGAAGCCAGUACAAACCUGUCGUUUCCCAUUCAGUGUGAACGCCGCGGCCUUCCUGUCCUCUGAUACGACUGCGGCAGUCAAGUAUGGCCUGGUAGCAAUAAUAGUCAUGGUACUGCCUUUACUCGUGAUGUACUGUUUCAUGAUGUUUCCUGUACACGCAGGAGUGCAGUCGGUUUAAUCCGACAGGGAUGUGUUUGCCUUUCUAACUUUAGACGUUGUUGAGAGGAAAUAUUUUUUUUAACUAAUUUAUUUUUGUCACUUUAUUGAGCCUCAUUCCUUUACUUGUGAAAAUGGUGAUGGAUGAAUGAUGAUCUGACGUGUCCUUAAAGUGUUUUAACAGUAAUAACAUUUAAUGUGCUGCUAGUAGAACAGAGGUGAAAUAUCAUACCACGCUAAUGUACUCUGCUCUGUAACAGUCUGAGGAUGCACUGAAUAAAAUGUAGCCCCUUCA